CGGCGCCGUCGCAGGCUCGCUUUCCGGCGGGUGCGGGGGCCUCGCGGCUAUUGCCCCCGUCCGCGCUAGGUCCUCAGGGCGCACCCCGUGUCCUGGCUCCAGGGCGGCUAGUGUGUGGCGAGAGAUCGGGGCCGGGCCCGGUUCUGGCCUGACCCACUAGGUGACCUUGGUCGAGUCCCCUGUCGCGCCGAGCCGCGGCGCCCGUCUGUGGCGCGGGCCUGUUAGGGACCCAUUCCCCGAGCGGUUGAGGACACAGACCUAGAGUAGCCCCACAGCCUGCCCCAGGGCAGGGGGAGCGCCGGGCCGCCGGGGGCGGUGGGGGAAGCUUGGUCGGGGGGGGAGAUGCCCCUACAUGUGAAAUGGCCGUUCCCCGCGGUGCCGCCGCUCACCUGGACCCUGGCCAGCAGCGUCGUCAUGGGCUUGGUGGGCACCUACAGCUGCUUCUGGACCAAGUGCAUGAACCACCUCACCGUCCACAACAAGGAGGUGCUGUACGAGCUCAUCGAGAACCGAGGCCCAGCCACGCCCCUCAUCACGGUGUCCAAUCACCAGUCCUGCAUGGAUGACCCUCAUCUCUGGGGGAUCCUGAAACUCCGCCACAUCUGGAACCUGAAGUUGAUGCGUUGGACCCCCGCGGCCGCAGACAUCUGUUUCACCAAGGAGCUGCACUCCCACUUCUUCAGCUUGGGCAAGUGCGUGCCCGUGUGCCGAGGAGAUGGCGUCUACCAGAAGGGAAUGGAUUUCAUUUUGGAGAAGCUCAACCACGGGGACUGGGUGCACAUCUUCCCGGAAGGGAAAGUGAACAUGAGCUCCGAGUUCCUGCGCUUCAAGUGGGGAAUCGGACGCCUGAUCGCCGAAUGUCACCUCAAUCCUGUCAUUCUGCCGCUGUGGCAUGUCGGAAUGAACGACGUCCUUCCUAACAGCCCGCCCUACUUCCCCCGCUUUGGACAGAAAAUCACCGUGCUGAUUGGGAAGCCCUUCAGUGCCCUGCCUGUGCUUGAGCGGCUCCGGGCAGAGAACAAGUCAGCUGUGAGUUUCUCCCCCAGGCCAUCCCAGAGCUGUCCUAGCCCAUCCCAGUGCCCUUGGCCUCCCAGGGACCCUGGGCGAAGCUCCCUGAGGGCUGCAGGCCAGCCCCAGUCCUUCCCCUCAGGUGGAGAUUCGCAAAGCCCUGACGGACUUCAUCCAGGAGGAAUUCCAGCGCCUGAAGAGCCAGGCCGAGCAGCUCCACAACCACCUGCAGGCCGGGAGAUAGGCACCACCCCGCCCAGACCCUGCCCCGGCUUCCUCUUGGACUGGAGCCGGGGCGGGGAGGGGCGGCGAGGCCUGGGACAGAGGCAGCUCUGGGACCCGAGUCCCGCUGCCGGGCGAUCGGUGCCGCCUUUGGGUUCUCGCCCUACACAGGGCUGGGCUGGGGGAUGGACUGAUGCUUUGAGCUCAGAUACGGUUUUUUAGACAGAUUUGUACAGAACCCUUAACGGGUGCCCUCUCCUAGUUGGUGAGCGUUCCAGCUCCUCUGUGGUUCUUCAGCUGAAAGAAGGGUCUCAGCUGCUCCUCCCACUUGGCCACGCAGGGAGGAAGACAUUUAGGCAGGGGCCUCCUUCCUUCUUGCCUUCAAGGUGUUCUCUCCCAGGGCCGGGCACUGGAGGAGGGUAGUAGAAGCGGGGCGGUGGCCAGGCCUGGCUUCUACCCGCCUGCCCUGAUCCAGGAGCUGCUCACCACUUCCUCAGGGAUGGCCGUCAGCCACGUCUUCCUUCUGCCCACGCUCCCCACAGGCGUGGGACCCUCGGGCAGGGCCCAGCCCUGGGCUGCAGGUAGAAGAGCUGCCCUUUCCCAGAAGUGGAGCCCAGCCAAGUGGAGCCUGCAGCAAGGGCCCAAGACCCGGCCCCUUGCCCCCAUGCUGGGGCCCACCGACUUCUCCGUCCUUUCCGCCUCCCUGGUGUCACUUGAAUCCCCUGGGGCCUGGGUUUUCAUGUUUUAUAAACAAUAAAGCAUCUGUGUUGUGCUCUUUUA